AUGGUUUUGCAAUUUAUUAAGGAAAUAUUUUUUUUCUUCAUGACUAUGGUUGGCAUUCUGGGGAACAUGUCUGUUUCUGUGCAUUAUAUGUUCAGUUGGUGGGGAAGCCCUGAGAAGAAACCCAUACACCUUAUUCUCACUCACUUGACUUUUACAAACAUCAUACUUCUGCUUGCAAAAGGAUUGCAAAAGACAAUAACAGUUUUUAGGUUGAGAAACUUCCUGGAUGACAUAGGCUGCAAGAUCAUUGUUUACCUGGAGAGGGUGGCCCGGGGCCUCUCCAUCUGCACCAGCAGUUUCCUCACUGUGGUCCAGGCCAUCAUCAUCAGUCCCAGAGCAUCUGGGUGGAGCAGACUCAGGCCAAAGUCUGCAUGGCACAUCCUUCCAUUCUUCUCAUUCUUUUGGAUAUUCAAUGGUUUAAUAAGUGUGAACCUAAUCCAUUCGAUUAGAAGUAUAGGUAUGAAUACAUCACAGCAUAAGAAUAGUGACAACUAUUGUUAUAUGACACUAGAAAGUCAGGAAAUCAAAUGGAUUGUUCUCCCUCUCAUGGUCCUGAGAGAUGCAGUGUUUCAGGGUGCCAUGGGAGGGGCCAGUGGCUACAUGGUAUUUCUUCUCCACAAGCACCACCAGCAAGUCCUCUACUUUCAGAACUCCAAGCUUCUCUACAGAACUCCCCCUGAGCUGAGAGCUGCUCAAAGUGUCCUCCUUCUGAUGCUCUGUUUUGUUUUCUUCUACUGGACAGACUGUGCCUUUUCUCUGUUUCUAAGUCUCUCUUUAGGGGACUAUUUGUUGAUGGUAAGUAUUCAUGAAUCUGUGACCCUUGGUUAUGCAGUUUCCAGCCCCCUCCUGCUGAUUCACAGGGAUGGACUUUUGACUGAAUGUUGCCAUUCUCAAUGGGAGACAUUGAGAAACUGUCUCUCUCUACUAUAUUUUCAAUAA